AUGUUUUGGCUUUUUGUUUUAUUUAUAUCUGUUAGAGGUUUGGACCUCCAGGAUCGAUUGGAGAGGGCUGAUAGUAUUUGUAGGUCCUAUGGUUACCAGGUUGUGGAAGGGAUAUUUGGCCAGGAAACUUAUCUGUUAUGUCUUAAAACUCAGGCUAUUGGUACCUCACCACUGAUGAGUCAACAGACUACAUUGCUAUUAGACCCUGAUAUGGAUGUCAAAAUGGUGCCCAAGUUUUCACCGGCGUUAGCGGAUAUAGUAAUGUCCAGGGGAUUCCCCGUGGACGACCCAGCAGCCGGUUCAGCCGAGGGUUAUGUAGGAGAGGAUAAUCAUUUUUAUGGUGUCUUACAUCUAGGUAACCGAACACUGCAUGCCGAUCCCUACGGUAAAGACGGUCCGGAUAAGUCUUUCGGGGUUCUCAUUAACGACAAUAUGGCGGCACCGAAAAGACCACGCCGCGACCAUGCACAGGUCGGAGCCGGUUUCGACAAGCUCUCCUACUUCCCAUACCAUAUAGAAGACAGAGCCCCGGAAACCGGCGUCGCUAGAGCUCGUAUAUGCGAUCUACUUCUACUAGCUGAUAAGGAAUUUUACGAAAAGGACGCUAACUCGAGUAUAAAUCACGUUGUGCAAAGGAUGAUGCACGCUGUGGCCCAAGCUGAUAUUAUAUUUAGGAAUUCAGAUUUCAAUGAAGACGGCGUACCAGAUAAUAUUGGUUUCGCAGUUAAAUAUAUCCUUAUUCUUACAUCCGAUGAGACCAACAACCGCGUCUUCGGUGAUCUGGUAAAAGACCGGUCUAUUGACGGGCGGAACUAUCUCAUGAGGUUCGCGAGGCUUAGAAGACUGUCUGAAGUCUGUCUUGGGGUCGCCUUUUCUGGACAUGCCUUCCUUAACAGAACUUUGGGAUUAAGUUUCACGUCGCUGGGCGGAGGGCUAGGUGGCGCUGCGGGCGGUCUGUGUGACCGACGCGCCUACGGGCGCUCCUUCAACACGCUCGCCCUCGCGCACGCCACCGGCGACAGAGACCGAGUGCCCGAGAGACUAGCGGCGCUCACACUGGCGCAUGAGAUGGGUCAUAGUUUCGGUGCCCACCACGACGACCAUUUCCCAAACCCCGACUGCCGUGGUUAUCUGAUGGGCUCACAGUCAGCUCCAACCAAGCACUCAGAGUUCUCUGUGUGUAGUAAGAGACUCAUUACAGCUACUCUCAGCAGCAUGAGCUACUGUCUCACGGAAGUAGACCAGCCGUAUUGUGGAAAUGGUAUAGUAGAGAUCGGUGAGUCUUGUGAUUGUGGUCUACCCUCUGAAUGUAGUCAGAGAGACCCUUGCUGUACACCGCGCGCGGGGGGAGCUCUCGUGCACGAGGAGGGGACCUUAUAUAAGGAUGGCUGUUCCGUAUCGCCUGGCGUCAGUUGUCAUCCCUCCCAGGGUCUGUGUUGUAACGCUAACUGCGAGUUCGCUAACCUCACGAGCAGUGGAAUCGACUGUCACCACCAACAUCACGAAUGUACGUGUGCUGAUCUAUCGUCGUGUGACUGUGGAGUGAGCGGCAAAUGUCUCCUUGACGGAACUUGUCAAGCAUCAGACUGCGCUUUGCUCGGAUUAAAGGAGUGUAAAUGCCCUAAAUCUGGACCGGGUGGUACAUUGAAAAAAUACAGAAAGUGCGGCGUGUGUUGCCAGUUCACUAAAUCCGGUGAAACUAAAUGUCAAGCGAACAUAACUUUGAAGAUCUGCGUGAAAUCUAUAUGCGGGUACAUGACGGUACGCGCGUGGUCGCCGGGCGAGGCGUGCGUGUCACUGAACACUGUGGGCGUGUGCUCGCCCAAAGGGAACUGCAAGAUGCUGGGCUCCACACCCUCCACUAAUAUAUACCCGGAGAUAGCUGUGAGUCUAUGGGGCCUUGAGAUAAGCUAA